UUUAUAAACUCCACCCCCUUCCCACUUCAUCUUCUUCAUUUGAAACCCUAAUUCAUCCAUCCUCUGAGAUCGAAAAUGGAGUCCACAAAGACGGCAAUGGAGGCGUUCGAGAAGCUCGAAAAGGUCGGUGAAGGCACCUAUGGAAAAGUAUACAAAGCCAGAGAGAAAGCCACCGGCAAAAUUGUUGCUCUCAAGAAAACUAAACUUCAUGAAGACGAAGAAGGCGUUCCGCCUACUACGCUCCGAGAGAUCUCGAUCCUGCGGAUGCUCUCACGUGAUCCUCAUGUGGUUAAGCUGAUGGAUGUGAAGCAAGGUGUGAAUAAAAAUGGGAAUACUGUUCUGUACUUGGUGUUCGAGUAUGUGGAAACUGAUUUGAAGAAAUUCAUCCGCUCGUAUCGCCAAACUGGUGAAAACAUUCCACCCAAAGUCAUCAAGAGCUUGAUGUACCAGCUUUGUGAAGGUGUUGCUUUCUGUCAUUCUCAUGGUGUAUUGCACAGGGAUCUUAAACCCCACAAUCUUUUGAUGGACCGAAAGACAUUGAUGCUUAAAAUAGCCGAUCUUGGACUAGCCCGAGCUUUUAAAGUACCACUACCAAAGUAUACUCAUGAGAUUUUGACCCUUUGGUACAGGGCUCCUGAGGUCCUUUUGGGUUCCACCCAUUAUUCGACCGCAGUUGACAUGUGGUCUGUUGGCUGCAUAUUUGCUGAACUAGUCACAAAAACCGCGAUCUUUGCUGGAGAUUCUGAGCUUCAACAGUUGCUGCAUAUCUUCAGGUUAUUGGGUACUCCGAACGAAGAAAUCUGGCCCGGAGUGAGCAAGCUCAAGGACUGGCACGAGUAUCCCCAAUGGAAACCGAAGCCAGUUUCAACUGCUGUACCGAAUCUGGAUCAAGACGGCCUUGAUCUCCUUUCGAAAAUGUUUGAGUAUGAACCAUCAAAAAGGAUUUCGGCUAAGAAAGCAAUGGAACAUCCAUACUUUGAUGAUCUUGACAAGAACAAUCCAUGAAGUAUCUUACUUUAAUUGCUUGUCUCGAGCAAAAUCGGACUUUAUUUUCUGUGCCCGUAACUUCUAAUUUGUUUGUCAGUAAUUUGUGGUGGAAAUUCUAAAAUCUAAUGCUAAAGCAAUUUAUUUUCUGGUUUUA